AUGGCAAGCUACCGCUUCCUUGUCCAGAAGAUGUCCGCAUCCUUCGAGGGCUGCGAGUUCCUCCACGUCCCGCGCGCGGAGAAUGAAGCAGCCGACACGCUCGCCAAGAUCGCCUCGUCACGACAAGCCAUCCCGUCCGACGUCUCCCUCGAGCACCUACGCAAGCCAUCCGUCAAGCCAUCGCCGGACUCCGAGUCCAUCCACGUUCCAGACGACCCGGCCGCACCUCAACCCGGCCCGGGGACUGCUGAACCCGGCCCAGGGGCUUCUCAGCUCGACCCGGCCACCAUCGUCCCGGACCCGGCCAUCGCCAUCCCCGACCCGGGGGCUGCUCAACCCGGCUCAGGGGCUGCCGACUCGGAACCCACCCUGGUGGCCGUCUUCGCUGUGGUCAUGGCUCCAUCUUGGGCCCUCCCAAUAUCAGAAUUUUUGGAGAACGGGGUUCUCCCCAUGGACGAGGCCGUGUCCGCCGUGCGCUUCGUGGCCCGGGGUCGCGGCGCGACGCUGUCUUUCCCAUGCGGACGGCUCGGCGCCGCCCCAUGCGGGGACCCGGCUCUGCCCGCGUCGCCGCCUCCCCCGCCCAACGCCACUACACCGACAACUGGCGUCAGCACCGACCGUUCCGUGCCGCGGUCAGCAAUUCAAGACACAUGA